UUCAAUUGUUUCCCGUGUGGGUUAAUGGCUCCUCCUGCUACAGACUGAGACGGAGCUGGCACCGAGCGGCGAUACGGGGGAAGCUGGAACACCACUGACGAGGGGAAUUUAAAGCCAUCUUACCUCAAACACCAGCGAGUUGACGCUCGCAGCGUUGAGGACUCUCUGGGAAAAGGCUGCCCGGGUGGUUGUGUGGAUUGAGGGUUGACGAUAGCGGUGAAUUUUUCGCCAACCAACUCCCCAGAUGAACUCCGUCAGAGCCACCAACAGGAGACCCAGGCGAGUGUCGAGGCCGCGCCCGGUGCAGCCCGAACGGAACAACGGGGAUAGAGAUGAGGAGGCUCCUGCAGCAGCUGCAGCAGAGAUGGCUAUUGAGGAAUCCGGUCCAGGCGCUCAGAACAGUCCCUACCAGCUUCGACGCAAAACCUUGCUUCCUAAAAGAACUGCUACCGCCUCUGCUGCCGCCUCUGCCUGCCCCAGCAAGAGUCCAAUGGAGGGAGCCUCCACCUCAUCAACAGAUGCCUUUGGUCACAGAGCCAAACGGGCACGAGUGUCCGGUAAGAGCCACGACCUGCCAGCAGCGCCAGCUGAGCAGUAUCUGCAGCAGAAGCUCCCAGACGAGGUGGUUCUGAAGAUCUUCUCCUACCUGCUGGAGCAGGAUCUGUGCCAGGCAGCGUGUGUUUGCAAGAGGUUCAGUCAGUUAGCCAACGACCCCAUCCUGUGGAAGCGUCUUUACAUGGAGGUGUUUGAGUAUACGCGACCCAUGAUGCACCCGGAGCCUGGCAGGUUCUACCAGGUCAGCCCAGAGGAGCACGAACACCCAAACCCCUGGAAGGAGAGCUUCCAACAGCUGUACAAAGGGGCUCAUGUGAAACCAGGUUUCGCCGAACACUUCUACAGCAACCCUGGCCGGUAUAAGGGCAGAGAAAACAUGCUGUACUAUGACACCAUUGAAGAUGCGUUAGGGGGCGUCCAGGAGGCCCACUUUGACGGUCUCAUCUUUGUCCACUCCGGUAUUUACACAGACGAGUGGAUUUAUAUAGAGUCUCCCAUCACUAUGAUCGGUGCAGCUCCUGGUAAAGUAGCCGACAAAGUGGUGAUAGAAAACACUCGGGAUUCAACAUUUGUCUUCAUGGAGGGAUCAGAGGAUGCCUACGUAGGAUACAUGACCAUUAAGUUUAAUCCUGAUGACAAGUCGGCGCAGCACCAUAACGCACACCACUGCCUGGAGAUCACAGUCAACUGUAGCCCAAACAUUGACCACUGCAUUAUCCGCUCCACGUGCACAGUGGGUUCAGCCGUGUGUGUGAGCGGUCAGGGGGCGUGUCCGACCAUCAAGCACUGCAACAUUAGCGACUGUGAGAACGUCGGCCUCUACAUCACAGACCACGCACAGGGCAUUUAUGAGGACAACGAGAUUAGUAACAACGCCUUAGCAGGUAUCUGGGUGAAAAACCAUGGCAAUCCCAUCAUUAGACGCAACCACAUCCACCACGGGAGAGAUGUUGGAGUGUUCACGUUUGAUCACGGCAUGGGCUACUUUGAGAACUGCAACAUCCAUCGGAACAGAAUUGCUGGUUUCGAGGUGAAGGCGUACGCCAACCCCACUGUGGUCCGCUGUGAGAUCCACCACGGGCAAACAGGAGGAAUCUACGUGCAUGAAAAGGGCCGGGGGCAGUUUAUAGAGAAUAAAAUCUACGCUAAUAACUUUGCUGGUGUCUGGAUCACAUCCAAUAGUGACCCGACGAUACGGGGAAAUGCAAUAUUCAAUGGUAACCAGGGAGGCGUGUACAUAUUUGGAGAUGGGCGGGGCUUGAUAGAGAGUAAUGACAUAUAUGGUAACGCGCUGGCUGGAAUCCAGAUCCGGACCAAUAGUUGCCCAAUUGUACGACACAAUAAGAUCCACGACGGUCAACAUGGAGGAAUCUAUGUGCAUGAAAAGGGUCAGGGGGUCAUUGAGGAAAACGAGGUUUACAGCAACACCCUGGCGGGAGUCUGGGUCACCACGGGCAGCACGCCAGUCCUCCGCAAGAACCGCAUCCACAGUGGCAAGCAGGUUGGUGUCUACUUCUAUGACAAUGGUCACGGCGUGUUGGAGGACAAUGACAUCUACAACCACAUGUACUCUGGUGUCCAGAUAAGGACGGGCAGCAACCCAAAGAUCCGCCGCAACAAGAUCUGGGGAGGACAGAACGGAGGGAUUUUGGUUUACAACUCAGGUCUGGGCUUCAUCGAGGACAACGAGAUCUUCGACAACGCCAUGGCAGGAGUCUGGAUCAAAACCGACAGCAACCCCACUCUGAGGAGGAACAAGAUCCACGACGGCAGAGACGGAGGCAUCUGUAUCUUCAACGGAGGACGAGGUCUGCUGGAGGAGAACGACAUCUUCAGAAAUGCUCAGGCUGGAGUGCUCAUCAGCACCAACAGUCACCCCAUCCUCCGCAAGAACCGGAUUUUUGACGGCUUUGCUGCAGGUAUUGAGAUAACAAAUCACGCCACCGCCACUCUGGAGGGCAACCAGAUCUUCAACAACCGCUUUGGGGGUCUUUUUCUGGCCUCAGGGGUCAACGUCACCAUGAAAGACAACAAGAUCAUGAACAACCAGGACGCCAUCGAGAAGGCGGUGAGUCGAGGACAGUGUCUCUACAAGAUCUCCAGCUACACCAGCUACCCCAUGCACGACUUCUACAGGUGUCACACGUGCAACACGACAGACAGAAACGCCAUCUGCGUCAACUGCAUCAAGAAAUGUCACCAAGGUCAUGACGUGGAGUUUAUACGACAUGAUCGGUUUUUCUGUGACUGUGGUGCCGGGACAUUGUCCAACCCAUGCACUCUGGCGGGAGAACCCACACACGACACAGACACUCUGUAUGACUCGGCGCCGCCCAUCGAGUCAAACACGCUGCAACACAACUGAAGGCCUCGAAUUGAUUUACACUUUCAUAUUUAAAGAGAACAUGACAUUGCACGAAGGCCACACACACACACACACACAACACACAGUUACAGACACACACACACGCACACACACACAUCCACUGUCAUGGACAAGGCGCCGAAGAGACGCCGAGAUUUCAGUGCUGCGGCGGUUCAUGACAAUGCAGUGGACACGGACUCCACGAGACGGAGCAGAUGAGCCGCAAGAGAUUCCUGGUGCAGUCAGGAGGAGGAGGAGGAGGAAGGUGGCGGUGUUAACCAGUGUGUAAAGUUCAUGCUGUCAAAGAAACUAUUAGCUUACAUGCUGCUGCCUUGCCCAAGGGCUACAUGGCAGUCGUGAUUCAUCAUCAGCUGGAUAAAUGACUCCAUGCUGGUGGGUGGGUGGCUGUGUGUUUGUGUGUGUGUAAAGGAUGGUGUGUGUGUGUGUGUGUGUGCGCGCGCGCGAGAUGGAGCACUUCAACUUUUUUUUAAAAAAAGCUAAGUGUGUUCAGAUCAGUUAUUUUAUUUCCAUACUUUCUUAUGUAGUUUUGUAUUUCCAAGCAAAAAGCUAAACUGUAUUUGAAUGUCUUUUAUUUUAUUAUAUAUUAUAUUUUCCUUUUGUUUAGCGUCCCUGAACUCUCCCUCAUCCCCCGGCAAGCUGCAGACGCUCCAAAAUGUCCCAGUGGUGAAGUUCUUUCUGUGAAAGAGAAUCUGGUUUAAACACUAAAACCCUCUCUGCUCUGAUCUAGUGGAAGAACUCCACUCUUGUGUAAAUGUGUGUACGAAUGUGUGUGUUAAUGUGCAGUGUGGAGAGGGUGUCACUAGAGGGCGACAGCCCCGCAGAACUGGAGCAGUGAGCAGUCAUGCAGUACCGCCUCCCCCCCGUGUCUUCCCCCGUGUAUCGUGGUGACUGUGGCUCCUCAUGCAGCCUGAACCGUAUGCAUGUAUCAUAAUGACAUUUAGACUUAAUAUAUUGUGAAGUAUUAAUAACCUUUGUGUAGAUUGAUAGUUGGAAUUGAAAAAAGGGUAUAUUUCUUAGAAAGAGAAGGACUACGGGAAACUGGCCAUUUCUAAGAAAAAUAAAACUUUAUUAGAUCACUCUGGU